UUAAAACUUUUCUUUUCGAAAUUGGAUACCCGAAGGAUCAACCAUCAUGAAUAUGUUUCUCAACGAUUUGAAGGGUACAUUAUCGCCGACAGAGUUAUUUUUGUUCUAUAAUUGAAUCAGAAUUUUAGAGACUGGCCCAACAUAUAUUGCUAUUUCCAUAUGUUACUGAAUUGAAAAAAAUAUUUUUUUUUAAACUCAUUAUAGACAAAUGAGAGAGGGACUACCGAUGUCUUUUCUUAUUCUUAAUGCUUGAGGUCUGAUCUUGCCUCGCGAGACGUGCUUUGAAAUAAAUAUGGAGUCUACUGGAGUAUAUGACUGAAAACCUAAUUAGUGUCUAUCCCUAAAGGAAUUUGAAAGAGAAAAUACCAUCAAAAACUAAAACAGUGUGAAAGUUCAGCUUGACUGUUGGCUAUUGGAGUUUUUCGUUCAGACACUCACGGAAAUUAGGGUGGCAACAUAAAGGCCAAUGGGAGAACAGAAAAAAUGAAAUUGCGCGAAUUUGUGGCAAACUCCUUGCCGCGUGUGCGAGGUAAAAAGAAGAAAAAUCAAUCACAAAAAUCUACAGUCGUAACCAAGGAGCGUUGCGAUGGUAACGCGCCUAAAUGUCAUGCCAUUAACAAUAGCAGUAAUUCUGUGAUAUACCAGAAAGAUAAUUCCAGGACAGUCGCUUAUCAGCCCUUAUCAGACACGGGAACAGACGACACAUAUUCCCGCACUUCUGGGAACACGGAGCGAUCACCUACGUCCGAGAACGAGAGCAGCUGUGUGGACUAUCAGAACUCUUACUUGAAUACAUCGUUAGAUGAAACAAAAUAUCUCGCUCCUAAUUCGAAAGAGGUCGGGAGCUUUCUCACAGACCAAGAGAAGAGCUCCCUCCUCAUCUAUUCCUCGGAUUGUGAACGGCAAAACAACACUGUUCGAAAAUCUAGAUCUCGAAUCCGAACUAAUCCUUGGUUACCAUCGCCGUCGUCAACGCCGUACAACGCCUCACGUGCAUUCCCUCGCGUUUCAACGCUAAGGUCGCCCCUGCCGUCACCAUGUGACCAACAAUCAAGAGCGCGUGUUCAUGGAGAUAAGGAUGUAUUCAUGGAAACCGACGUGUCACCAACAACACCUGGCUCAACCGACAGUGGAUUUAAAUCAUCUAUUUCAUUGGAUAUCAAAACCGGGAGUUGUUUAGAAACAGUUCCAAGUGAACAAGUGGCAGAAUUCACUCCUCAACACCAACCUAAACAUAAGCACAGCAAAAAGAAAGUAACUAAAGGACUGAAAACAUCAGAGUCGUUUGACAGUUAUGGAAGUGCUGCGACUCCACACAAGAGUCUAUGUUUAAGAUCUCAAACGACCCUUGACAUUGAUAACGUUUCGCGUUGCCAUGACAAUGGGACUCUUGAUAAACUAAAAUGGCGAAAUCAUAUAGAUUUGACGUGCCCGACUGUCUCGGGUGUAGCGUGUUUUGAGUGGGAACAGGAUAAUUCAUGCCUAUUUUCACCAAGUGUCGAACUGUCCCCGGGGAUGUUUCAAAUACCCGAACAUAAUAUCAGUUUUGAAUACGAAGAAACCCUUGAACACCAGUUAGACAAUCCGAGAGCAAAACGAGAUCCUAGCAACGCAUCUAUCGUAGAUUUACUCCAUGACGACGUAACUAAGGAAGUUGCCGUGCAAACAGAUUUUGAAGAUAACGAAGAUUCUGAUUGGAUGACGGCGAGUUCAUUUGACGAAACAAUAGAUACAACCAACCUCAGCCCCCGUAAGCUGUCUCUGAUAAGCGACUGCAUGCAAGAAUCGACAGACACAGGCUACUCGAGUUUAACUCGAGAUGGUCUGUUGGAACUCGACGAGGACUUUCAGUUCGUCUCCAAUAAAGAAAACAUUAGCAAUAAUCUCAACAGUUGGCUAGAAAACAAGGACGACUUCUUUGUAACUGGAAGUAUGGGGCAAUCAUGGUCGGAUAAGACGGUGGACAGAUUUACGACCGAUCCAAUAAACUACAUGUGUCAAUCCUGGUAUGAAGGAGCAAGUAGGGUUUUCAACCAACCUAUUCCUUUUGACAUGACAACAUCUAUGUACAUUCCUGCAACCGAGGUGAUGCCCAUGCAAGAUCCAUUUAAAGAAAGACACCCCAAGACUGCUGAUUUAAAGUCAAAAAAGAACCCCAUUGAUUCUACUUAUUUUCCGGUUAUAGAGAACGGUCCCAUCAUCUACAAACCCAUACCAGAGAGUCCAAAACAAGUUCCACAAGUUCAAAAUAACAACUGCUUCAAAGGUAAGCAGGAAUCCCCACCGAGGGACACACAGCUUAAAUGUCCCGAUAUCGUCAGCCCGACCAUUGAAUUAAACGAUGAGCAUAUGGAGAUGAAGUCUCAAAAUGUAUCUUCUCAGGAUCUGUUGAACAUUACCCCUAAAGCCACAUCAACUCCCACUGAGAGAACAUCUAAACACAGAAAUAAGGUCAAUAUAUUGGACGACGUCAAAUCUCAACUUUCAUCCAUGAACAACCGAUCUUCUGGUCGAACAAAAGCAAAGAAACCCGAUAUCCGAAAACCUAGAGAUAACAUGGACGUCAUCCGAGAUUACUUAGGAUACGCAUCGUUCGAAGACUUCUACUUUGCUAAGCAGUGUCCUCCACUGAGCACCGGCCGCACCUUGAAUCAAAUCAAGUCGAGUCUGGAAGAAAAAGUGGAUCAGUUACGUCAGGAGAAGUUGAUUGUGGAACAGAAGAUAUUCGAAGCUCAGGAAGAGGAGCGAAUCAAGAAGCACGAGAAGCUAAGGUUCCAGAAACAGCUGCAUAAUCACCGAAAACAGCUGUUGAUCCAGACUCUCCACGAUCUCAAAGAUAAAUUGGAGAAUCAAAGCGAACGUUUGCAGAAAUCCUACAGCACCAUCCUAAAUCUUCAAUCCCGGUUUUCGCACCGGAACUCAGCUAUACCUCUAUUGAGGGCCUGAAUUAUGUAGAGGGUGACAGUGUUUUAAUGUGACUCUGCUAAUUGCUAAUUAAAAUUCUUUUAGAAAAUCACCCUAUGACCUAGUGAAUAAAACAUUGUACGCUGUGGGUUUUGUAGAUCGACUUGUAGAUAAGAGACGUAAUGGAAAUAAGUAUUCAGUGAAGCAUUUUCUUGAAGUAUAUACAUUUUACAGAAUAUUCAUGAAGAUGGAUAUUCAGACUUAUUUAGUGUGUUUUGGCGAUAAUCUAGCAUGUGAACAAAAAACUCGGAUUUUAAAAAGAAAUUAAUUGUACCUAUCCUCGAGCUUCUUUGUGCUAAAUUGUGUCGAAGCCAAUCAAUAUUUGAAUUCAUUUAGAUUACUGAAAUCUUAAAAUUUAACUUGGUGGUAAUUAAGAAGAACUCAAACAUUUGCAAUAACUUCAUUUUAUAAUAACUUCAAAUUUGAAAUUACAAGAAAAUGUGGAGAGUUAUAACUAUAAAAACUUGGACUGCUCGGAUGUGCUAUUAAAUAAACAUUUCAAAAAGUGAUAGUGACUAGAUAAUAUCAAUGUGCUCGUUUAACCAGUGCAAUAUUUAGCAUGGGGAAUUUAACCCAUAGAAAUAGUCAAUGUGUCGUAUGAGCGAGCAUAUCUUGGAGCUCCCUGACACAAAAAAGUCCCAUUAUAAUUAUGUUAAUGUUUAGCGUAAAUUUAUCCGUAAGUCAAUUUAUUUAUCUUUUAGAAUAGAAUAUAUUUUUUAAGUAGAUUGUGGGUGUAGAAUUCCGAGAAAGAAAGUUUUAUAUGUAUCAGAAGAACAUUUGGGAACAUUAUGAUCAAUGAAAUUGUGAAUUUCGUAAUUUGUUUGUGACAAUUUUUCAAACUCUGCAAAGGCUUCAGAAUGAAACCCAUACUGUGUGCGCGAUACAGUACGCUUGGUAAAGUUCGGGUGUUUAUAUUUUAAAUACAGUUUUCAGUGUUUAUGGCAAUGAACGCCUAUAGAUGAUACAUUAUUGCAAUAUCUAGGCUUAUGUGUUUGUAUAUAUUUUAUUCAGCAGUAUAAUCACUGAUAAAACCUUGUUGUUAAAAUUAACACCCUUGAGAUGUUUUAACAUAAAUGACAUUUAUAUUGUUGUACAAUUCAGGAAAAAAAUUACUGGUUCAUAUCCUACUGGUAAUAAAGUUCAAACGGGCAAUGACGUGACCUACGUAUCAAACAGGGAGACCCAAAUCCCACACGAACAUAGUACAGUCAAAAACACGAAAAUCAUACAGGUUGACGUGCAUUAUGUCCGAGCAAAAUAUUUUCUUCCUUAGCAUUGAAAACAUUAACCAAAUUGUAUUCCCAGAUUGAGCAAAUUGUAUACCCGGAAAACGUCAUUUGAACAAACAGGGAUUGUAUUCCCAGAUUGAGCAAAUUGUAUACCCGGUAAACGUCAUUCGAACAAACAGGGAUGUUAAUUUUGACAGUUUAUAAAUAGUGGUUCAUUGUGAUAAAGAUGUAAGUAUUUUAGCGUGCUGAUUUUAGAUAUUUUGUUUUCGGUCAGACUUGGGUGUUAUUUAUGCACCGCCGUACGUGUGUGUUUUGUAGGUUUAAUAUAUAAAAAAUGUGCUCACAAAGUACGUCUAACGUUUCGUGAAUUUGUGCCAACUCUUAAUAAUCAAAUCUUAUUUCUAGCCCUGUUUUCGUCUUUUAAUACUCUUGAAUGUUUUACGAUUUAAAUUUAAAUUUUUAAAUGUGCAAAUGCCACAUUUCAUUAAAUGUUAUAUCUUUUUAAAUUUUGAUUUCGGUUCAUCAAUUUUUCGUUUUGAUAUAUUUUCUAGAUAUAAUGAGUUUUCGAUGUGGUAUUUUCGUUUCGUAUUUCGUUUCGUUGUAAUGUGAGAUUUAUUUUUGAUGAACUGUUUUCAUUAUUUAUUAUGUUUUGUUGUGUUUUCGCAUCUUGUUUUUCAUUUUUCACGUCUUUCCUUUCUCGCCUAUCUUUUCCCUUUGUUUUCUGUAAAUUUUGUGUUUCCAUAUUAUUAUCCAAUGAAAUUAUGUGUUAUAUAAUUUAAUCAAACGCAUUGUUUUAAUGUUUUAUUAGACUGGAUAAUCUAUAUUAUUGGAUGUUUCGGAAUAGAGUGGUGUCCGCUUAAUUCCGGUUAAUGACAAAAAGGCGACAAACUUUAUGUCAAUUGGCUUGUUAUAAUUAAAAAUGUUCGGAAAAUCAAGACUGUCACAUUUAGUCAGAUUAUCCAGUUUAAUUGUUUUAUUUGUUACAUAGCAUUGUUAUUUAUUUAUUGUUAUUUAUCAUAAUUGUAUAUUAUCUCUGUAUAUUUUUGAAUAGUCGAAGUAUUCGAAUUUGCCCAUAUUCUGUGUCACAAUCUCAAACUGGAACCAUGACUACAAUAAAUUCCGAUAUAUAACCGUUAGAAUUAUAGUGUUGAUCUUCCAACGCAUUCGCUAAUGUUCCGCUUUCCAGUAUUUUGCGUUUGUCAAACAGCAACAACAUGACUUAUUCGUUUUGAAUAUUAUCUUGAUGUUACUGUAAAACGGUUGCAUCAUAUCUUGAAAAGUAUUGGAUAUUUCAGAAUUAUAUUAUCUUGAAAGUGUUUGGUAUUAUCUUGAAUUAGAUUCAUUGUAUCUUGAUUUGUUUUAGAAAUGCACAAAAUAAUUAACAUAGUUGCGGAACAUCGGUUAAUGGUGGAAUUCGACACUUUAGUUUUAUCAGUUAAAUAAUCUUGAGUAAUAUAUCCAUUAGUUAUGUUAAAAUCAUGUACAUGUUUCAAUAGAAUUGUUUAUAGCUAUUUUCAAUUAAGUUUUAAUUCAGAGUCUAUUUCAAUGUCUGUAGCUUUGGAUAUAGUUUAUGUUAGUAUGUAUAUUUAUUACAAUAUAUAUUGGCUAUAAGUAGACCCUAUGUCUUUUUACAUUUAUCAUACAUAUUUAUUGUAUCUCUACGCUAAAAUGUCGUCAUAUACCCAGUGAAACUAACGUGUUGUUAAUUGGGUUAGUCAAAAAGGAAAUUUUGAGAAAUUAAAUUGUAACGGGGGGAUCUGCAAAAUCCCGAAAAGUAAAGCCAUGUUGAGAAUUAUCGUUUGCAAUUAGGCAUUUUGGAAUUAGAUCUGUAAUAGAUAAUAAAACACCGUUUUCUAUUGUAAAUGCGUGCAUUCAAUUCGACGUGGUGUUUUGCAGGACUGCCAUUUCAUAAUGAUUUAGCCCAACAGUGUGGAAUCUUUGUCUACAUUUAAAUUUCUAUGAAAUGUCAUUUAAUCAUAGUCAUCUAUAAGGCUGAAAUAUUCGUCUGCCAAAUUAUUAAACAUACCUUUGAAUGAUGGACUCUUUUCCAAAGAAACGGUAGGAUAUGGACUGGAUCAAACCAUUGAUGUUAUUUGAGUGGUGUUUCAAUUUGGACAGACGUUUCCUUAGUAUUACUUACUUUUCUUAGUAAAUGGCUACAGAAGUAAUAAAAUAAAAUUAUAAAAUAGA